GCGCCCGGGGCUCCCAUCUUUCUCCGCGCCAGUUCGCGCGGGGCUGCAGCGACGUUGCCCUUUUAAGAACCAGCCUCCUUUAACUCUCUCCUAACGGGGCGUCCCGGAGGGGCUUGCGGCGCCCAACACAAGCCCGCCUCCCCUCGCGGGCACUUCCGGACCCCGGCGUCGCCCUUUUAAGAGGCAGCCCCCAGCAGCGCUCCCCCCGCCCCUGUUGCCGGCGCGCGAGGUGGGGGAGCCGGGCUGGAGCGGAGCGCGCCGUCCGCGCGGCCACUGGAGACCGGGCGGCCGGCGGCCGAGCAGGCGGCGGCGGCGGAUGGGGACGCGGAGCCGGGCGGCCUGUGGCGGCUGUGGCUGUGGCGGCGGCAGGGAAGCAGCUGACGGGCCGGCGGCGGCGGCGGCGCUGGCGGCAGUGACUGGUCCAGGCCCCGGCGGGCGGCUGCAGCGACGCGGUGGAGGGCUGCGGGCGAGCGGCGUGAGGAGCGGCGGAGGAGCGCGGAGCUGCCGAGAUCCGGGGCGCCGGGCCGCCCCUUGUCCAGUCCUCGCAGGCCGCCAGGCCCCCUCCAGCCGGGGCCGUGGAGCACCGGGGCAAAGGCCGGGGCCCCCCCAUGAAGGAGCGCGACGCGGCCCCGGCCGAGCGGGGCAAGCCGGCCACCUACACCGGGGAGAAGGCGAAGAUGGCGGCCAAGACCAACAAGAAGUGGGUCCGGCUCGCCACCGUGUUUGCCUACGUGCUCUCCGUGUCGCUUGGCCGCCAUCGUGCUCGCCGCUACUACAGCCUCAUCUGGCAGCCGGUGGGCGCCGGGACCUCGGGGGGAGCCGCCGGCCCGCCCCCCGGCGGCUCCAACGCCACCGGCCCGUCCGGGACUUCGGGGGCGGCGGCUGGGCCCAAUGCCACAUGGUCGUCCCGCCGCGAGGCACCGCGCGACGUCCCCCCGCUGCAGGCGGCGCGGCCCAUGCCUCCGGAGCCCUCUGCAGACAGUCCCCCCGGCCGGGCCGCUGAGCGGCCGCGGGGACCGGAGGAGGACGAGGAGGAAGCGGCGGCGGCGCCGGGAGUCGUUGAGCCCCUCCGCGCCAGGGCGGCCGGGAACCAUUCUCCCCUCCCCACGCCCGGAGGCAGGACUUUGCAGCAGGACGGGGCGGGGACCCGCGGGGAGUGACCCCCACGGGAGUGAACGCCCUCUCUCCCCGCAAAGAUCGCCACCUCGCCCGGGGAGCCAGGGGCCUGCAUCCCGAUCUCAAGCCAAGGGACCACGAUUCGCCGGGGGGCUCGGGGUUUGGUCUUCCCAGGACCGUGCUGCGCCAGGGCUCUGAGCCAUAAAGGGAAUGGGGGGAGGGGUGGGGAGAUCCCAGCUCCGAACCCUUUUUCGCCGCUAGCUCUUGUGUAUCCUACGUGCAGGAGUGACUCGGGCUUUCCCCCAAGACUCAGGGGAAGGAGGGAGCUGUAGGGGCUCUUGUUUAAUAAGCUGAAGCUCUCACAAGGAGGAGGGCACCAAAAGUAGUGGAGCUCAGGUACGUCAACCUAGUUGCAGUGGCCACAGAUGCAUUUAAUUUAUAGAUCCCUGUAUAUAGUUGUUGACAUAUGCACUAGAAGCUAUAAUUACACAGAACUAUAUGUAUCCUCCCACAACCCUGGUUAGCUUCCGACCGAUGGGGUCACGCAAGGGCUAUUUGCUGGCCCCCCAAAGUGCAGCUAACCAGAAGGGCACAAACACUGUUUUUUUUCAUCAUCCACUCUCUCCUCUUUACCCCCUCCUAUUUCAGAAAGAUAGGUUUAUGGCCCAAAAGAGUAUAAUCAUUCUUAGACUUGAGAGGACAGGGGGAAACCUAGAAGAAGUAGAAGCAGUUUAGGGAGGGUGGAGAACGAACUAAUCCCCUCCUCUUCCCACCCUAGUGCCCCCACGGAAGAGGCUUCCUGUUGCGGCCCUAAGUAUCUGGAUAUGGGCCAGGGAAGAAGAAGGGAAAGAGCAAUGCCUCUGUGCUUCAAUCCUUGGCCUUCUCCUCACAGAGUUCUUUUAGGAAGAGCAAGCUUUUAAUCCUUUGAACUUGCCGGAGAACAUCUGGAAUCCAGUCCCCUGUCCCUCAUCCCUGCAUUCUGGACUGUUUAAUCCACUUUGGGAUGGAUCAAAGAGUCUAGAGAGACCACUCAUAGGUCCAGCUGCUGGCCUCCAGACUCUAAAGACUUCACUGGAAUUGGGACAUUAGCUCCAGCUCUAGCUGUGAACAUGACCAGAGACAUUAUUUAUAAUUCAGCCAUUUAAGAUAUACCUGUACUCAAAAAGUCCUGUAUAUUUUUUAAAAGUUUUAUUUUCAGGUGAACAAAAAUACAUUCUAAGAACUCUACAUAA